AGAACGCUAAUCUCUUUCCGUAGUUGAAGUCAACUAUUUGAUAACAUUUGAUUGACCAUCGAGCUUCUAUCAAAGCCUCUUCAAUCUUCUCGAUUGUAAUACGUAGAAAUCUUCAACUAUCUCUACUUGCAAUUAAGACCUCUUUAGUUAACAUGAACUGUAUGGUGUGAAAUGAUUAAGGCUUGCAAUAAGUUAAUAACAAGAGAAAACCACUAAACUAAACAUGAAACUACGUGUGAGGAUAAACAAGCAGACCAGCCGGGUGAAGCUGGAGGGAGAGGAGCCCACUCUGACAGAGCUCAACGUUCAAAUCAGAGAGAUCCUUCUGCCUUCACAUGGCCUCAGCCCAGACACAGAGUUCACCUUGUCCCUGAACGGCUCAGAUCUUCUAUCUGACUCUGGUCAGACUUUGUCCUCCUGUGGCAUCGUCACUGGGGACCUGGUCUGUGUCAUCUUGCCUCCAUCUGUGGCUGUGCCCUUCGCUGCCCCUGCCCCCUCCGCUCGCCAGGCUGUGCCCUCAGGCUCCCCUGCUUCCUCUGCUGCCUUUGCCUCCUCAGCCCACCAGUCACCCAGCAACAACAGCAGCAGCAGUAGUAGUAGUCCUGGGCUGUACCAAGCUGUACACCCACCAGCCCAACACUCCAGUGAGGCCAGCACCAGCAAGGGGGCGGAGCCUCAACAGGAAGUGGUCAGAGAGGAGGAGGAGGAGCAGGAAGAAGAGGCAGGUCAGUGGGUGUGGGAGCCCAUGCUGUGUGGGGAGGCAGAAGGAGGGAAGGUACCCCAUUCCCUGGAGGUUCUGUACCACCAGGCUCAGAGCAGCAGUACCUGUGAUGCCCUGAUGGUGGCAGUCCACCUCCUGAUGCUGGAGACUGGCUUCCUGUGUCAGGGCUCUGAGGGGCGUCCUGGUGAGAUGCCAGCUGGGUGGAGGGCACCAGGAGGGCUGUACAGACUGCAGUAUGCCCAUCCUCUCUGUGACGACAGCCUGGCCUUGGUCCUAGCUGUCCCCAUGGGACCCGUUCUGGUUAUCAACGGUCAGUCUCACUGUUUCUUAAAGCUGUGGUCCAAAUGGGAUCCUAUUCACUAUAUGGUUUAUUACUUCUGACCAGAGACUAUAGGG